GUUAUGUUACGUUAAGAGCUUUGUGUGCAAGCACAGUAUACACCGUUCGCAGUUUCGCGAAUGUUGGUAACUCCCAAGCAGAAGCCGAGGCGCACUUUAUGCAUUCAUUUUCCUUUCUUCGAACUAUGAGUAAACUAGAGCACCUGGUUAGGGCAGGGGUAUCGUUGAUAUAGAUCGAAUCUCUGAAUGGGAAGACCUAACACUGUAGUGAGUUUUAUGCCUGUUACACCAGCACCAACACUUUUUUGACUAUUAAUGUAGUAUGUGUAACAGUGGAUGCUAUGCCAGAUUCAUUCUAUGGUAUACGAUGUUGUCGAAUGUGUUCUUAUAUUCAGUGUUGCGACUAUAAUUUCAAUACAUUUUUAUUUUCAAUAGUUUUAAUUUUUCGUAGGCUACAUCAACCGCGGGGGUCUACAGCUGAACAGCAGCGGCGGACACUGUCGACCCCUCGUAGAUGAACAGUUGGAGCUGUGUACCAUAUCAUUGAGAAAAUAAAGUAGCUUUUCUGUUCGGUCUGGACAUUCCUCAUUGGCCCGUAACGCGUGCGUUUUGUGAAGGCCAGGCACUCGGGUCACCUCGCGCCGUGUUAUUCUUUCACCGCUGUGGUUUUGAGAUCACGUUAUCAGUGCUGUUUUCAGGGAAUAUCGCAAGACGGAAUGUUUUAGCGUAACGGAAUUCAAGUGAAGCGAUUGUGUCGUGGCUACUAAUUUUGCUAUUCUUAGGAGAAGGCCUAACUCUGACCACGACGGAGGCAACCACUCAGGAAGUUUUCCUUGAUACUACGACUGCGAUUACUACGACCUUGGUGCCAACUAAGACUACCCACACCACGGCUACUACGACCACAGCGCCAAUUGAGACUACUACUACGACUACCACCACGACUACAACCACCACGACUACCACCACUACGACGACAACGACAACCACGACUACUACUACCACCACCUUGAAACCACCUUUGCCUCAUAAAUUUCUUGCCUGCGUCAGUUCAGUCGUUCAGGCAAUAUUUCACCCACUCGAUGAUGUCUGUUACUUCAUGUUCUUCACCGUCCAAGACAUCAAUCAACUAAAAAACAAGAAUCUCGGUCUUGCGAGAAGCAAAGUUGGUAUCGACAUACCGAGCUCAAAAGCCAACGGUAAUCAGGGCAAACUUGAAAAUUCCAUCGCAGCGUACUGGCCAAAGAUCAGAGACUUCGCUGUCCUGGACAUGGAAGUCCGUCCAAGUGUUUCAACUCAUGUCAGUCAUGUCCAAGCAUUUCUAACAGAAACGGACAGACUUUUAAAUAUCCAUAUGAGAACAGAACCAACGCCAAGGAGGAACUUUGGCUACGUGCUUCUAGGUGUGGCCAUACUCCGGGGAAGCCAACAACCAAGCACCCUCAUGGCUAACUUCAAUCAACUUGUACAAGUAAUUAAGCCAGACGCAUUGGUGUACCGAACAACUCUUAGUGGUAAUAUAACGGACCCAAACGUAUGCAUGGCUACAGGACCGUCACCCUGGCAGGGACCUGGCAUGCCGUCUAUGCAGUCAUCAUUCGUUGAGUCGCUGUCAUUCAGGCAUAUGACUGGGUUCCAACCGCUGCCUUUGAAAACCGCGGAAUUGCUCUCUUUUAGCGCUGCGGCCCUUAUAACUGCCUACACGGAUGGUUAUAGACCACUCACAGCUCCAUGCCGGAGUGUCACCCAGGCAAAUCCAAACGAAUUGGUGUGCCAAAAUGGACGAUAUCAUGAUAUAGUGAUCAACCGUAAUAUGUACCUUGAAACCGACACCAUCCGAUUCGACAAAUGGGGCAGUACGUUUGACAGGACUAUCAUAGUAGCGUACGACUCGGAUUGCACUAUGUCGACAAAGAUGUGUCUGUCUUUCAAGACCUAUGGCUUCACGGGCGGCUACGUCAUCUUUGACGUCCACUUCCAUUACCUGUGUUCAGCACCGCCAGCAUUCGUAGAUUCCAAGGGUGACUUUGGCGUUGUGAAGGGGGCGAAGGUUAAUAUGCAAAAGAACUACGCCAUGUUAGAUUGCGAGAAGCUCUGCUGAUAAGCUCAUGGGCAAAUAAUGUGAUUAUCAUUUGUAUGCGGAUUAUUGUUUACAUGGCCGUGAAGCAAUCUGAUGUGAUAUGAUGUGAUUCCAACCAUGACUCCUGCCAGCAGUAUUCCUGCCGUGUUAGACAGCGUAGGGGCUGUGUUAUGCUGCCUCUCGUGAUGGCUGAGCCAAAGUCAUAAGUAUGGACUCUAAUAUAAAGCUAUGAGAAGUGUCGCCUUUGCAUUUGCGUUAUGAGUACGGCCAGGCGGAUAUCCUCUCGUAGACAGUACGUAUAUUGCAAUACUGUUGGGCAAAGGCCGUUCUAUCCUAAAAAUCGUGAACCCGAAUUUUGCUAUGGAAAUGAAUGAGCCAGGGAAUGAAUGGACCAUGGUAGGUUUCACUUUAUAUCCUGGUGGGGUUAAAAGAUCCAAAAUUAAUUCGGAUAGACAAUCCCGUAUUGAAGGUGAUUCGCUUCGGUAUUCAAAAGGAGGUGAAAAUUCGCAUAUAUGCGAUGCUGCACCCAAAUCAUGAUGUCACAUAAAAUGAGAAAGCCCAUGCCCAUGCCCAAGCCCAAAGCGGAGUGGGGCAGUAACGACAUUUUAUAGUUUUCGGUAUCGACCAAGCGGUCGACACUUCCGCGAACAGAGGUUUCUCCUUUCUGCCCUUUCAGACGAAGAGAUUUUCUCCUGGCCGAUACAGUGAACUUCACUCUAUACAGGGUGUUUCACGAAAAUCCCCCGGCUGGAUAAUUCGUGAACAGGUGGCGUUAUCGAAGAAAUUUCUUUUUGGUAAAUUUCCUUACGGCAUCGGCUAUGAACUGAGUAGUGAGCGGGUCAUUUGCAUACGCCCAUUAAUUAAAUUUUCACUUCGCACGCUUACGGAACCGCUAUUUUACGUAUCGGGAAAUAUUACAACAAAAAAGCCCCGUCGACACUUGUUGAUUUUUCGAUUAAUUCAUUGGUUUCGGUUUACAUAUUCCUUGCGUGGAGCAGCGUACCAAUGCGCUCUUUGGAUCAGCUAUCCGGCUCUCAAUUUCAUAUUCAUCCGCCUGUUUGACACACGGGGGUGACGAAAGAUGUGGUGUUCCUUCUCUAUACUCUUGAAAAUGAACUUCACCACAUAGCACAAUCCUAGCCAACUAUCAUCCCGGAUGACAACGUUCUCUCCCAUGAUAUGAUGAAUAUGAGGGGGGGAGGGGGGGCGAGUAUUUUUUCUUCCCUUUCUUGUUUCUGUACAAAUGAUGCUGUACAUAAGGAAAACAAAUGUUUUGUUUAUUGCCUGCCCUUCUGUACAAAUCGUUGUCAUUCAGGACGAUAGUUGGCGAGAGGCAUGCUAUCUGGUGCAGUUUCCAAGUAGUUCACAGUGCUCGCGGGGCAUUCGUCAUAGUCAAUGAUAAGAGCACGUUAUCUCAGACACACAAGGACAGACCCGCCAGUGCUGUUCAGCAGUCUCUUUAACGAGGAAUACCGAAGCCUCUUGCGGCCUUUCCUGCGGAUAAACACGAAAUUGACAGUCUGAUAGCUGAUUCAAAGAGCGUACUGGUGCGCUGCUCCGCGCAAUAAAUAUGUAAACCGAAACCAAUUAAUUGCUUCAAAAUAUUUUUCACUGAAGGUCCCGAUGCGUAAAACAAGGUGUGGCGGCACGUGGACGACGAUGAAGACGUGCCUCUGCUGGCGCGCGGCUCUGCGCCUGCCAGCCUGUUCUACCGGCACCGUCCUAGCGUGAGGCCACGUCCACACGUCCACGGGUGUGCCGGAGGUAGUGCUGCUCGAUGGUGUCGUCACAAAUUUGGGAUGGUGAAGGGCCGAAUUGCUUCGGACGUGAUGUGCUUCGGCGGGUCACCAAAUGUAGAGGACGGUGGUCUUCUUCUACAUGAGUUCCACCGGCGCGGCCAUGGAGAUAGGUCACCGUCAUCGCCUCUCCGUGGCAUACCAUCAUCGCCGGUCGGGACUCAUGUAGAGGAAGACCACCGUCCUCUACAAAGGGUUCCGUAAGCGUGCGAAGUUAUGAUGUUUAUUUCAUUAAUGAGCGUAUGUAAAUCAGCCGCUCACUACUCAGUUCAUAGCCGAUGUCCCACGGGUCUUUACCGAAUUAUUCAGCCAAGGGAUUUUCGUGAAACACCCUGUAGACAUGUAGACUGGGGGCAGGUAGGCUGUCUGUGUGGUGAAAUAAGGCCGGUCUAAAGUGUGUGUUCCAUCUCAACUUUGGCAAGGUGGUCAGGACACCAUCAGAGGUUUUUAUUGAAAAAUAAACUAUAUAUGUUGUAGCCUGA